AUGUCCGAUCAGGAACAACCUCCCACUCCUACUCCCGACUCAACAACCACAACCCCCAACAAGCCCAAACGUGCCCCGCCCAAGCUAGGCAAGAAGUCUCCCGGCAAACAAGAACAAACCCCUCCAGCCUCAGAACAAGACCAGGACCAGGACCAGGACAAGCAACCACAAGACGAGUCCAAACCCGAAGAGCCCGUCAAACAACAAGAACCGGACUCCGAGCCUGAACCUGAGCCCGAACAAGAAGACGAGCCCGAACCCGAACCCCAACCCCAACCCAAGCCCGAACGCCGUCGUCGCAGACCUCGUCCCCGCCAAGAAUCAGAAACCGAAUCCAUCGCACGCAGCGAAAUGGAACCAGAGCCCAGACCCCGUCGCGUCCGUCGCCAGCGCCAGCCACAGCAACAACAACAACAAAACGGCAGUCCGCUCGGCGGGCUUCCGGGUGUUGGCGGCGUAGAUCAGGCGGGCCAGCUCGUACAGAACACAGCCGGGAAUGCCCUGAACGGGGCGACUGGUAGUGCGGGCAAGGCUGUUGGUGGGGUCCUCGGUGGUGGUGAGGAUAAGAAGGAAGAUGAUGGUGGUCGGGAUGAGCAGCUUCGUCUGCGAUUGGACUUGAAUCUGGAUAUUGAGGUUCAACUCAAGGCGAAGAUUCAUGGUGAUUUGACGAUUGGUUUGCUUAAUUAA